AUAACCUUACUCUUCAAAAUAAAAAACCUUCAUUUCAGCUUUCUUUCGUUGCUGCGGGUUAUUCACGGUUCGACCCUUCUGGUUAUGAUAGCUUCCGGUCGGCGUCAACAAAUAAGCCGAAGCUUCUUCAGUGCUCUCGGCUUCCCUCGCCUCAGAUAUGUUCGCUACCGCCGUUUAAGAUAGCCACGCACAAACCGAAAUUCCAUCUUUACCCCUGUAUAUAAAAUAAAUAUUUCCUUCUUUUUUUCACUUUUGGGCGAUAAUCAGAUAAGGUCGGUUCCAUGCCAAGUCCUAAGAACCAACGGAAUCACCAGAUCGAGAAUCAACGGAAGGGAAGGUUGGGUGAAAAAUCAUCAUCUUUUCACGGAAAUAACGCCAUGUCUACCGCCACAAUUCGCCGUCCGAAAACCGUUCCUGACUUAUUAUCUUACCGGAGCAACGCCGCAUCGGCGUUAGAAGGUUUUCCUAGACAACUGCCGAAGUUGCUUCUGAAGGUGACGGUUCUAGGUAGCCUUGGUCCUGUUCAGAUGUUGAUGAAGCCGGAAUCAACCGUCGGCGAUCUGGUGGAGGCAGUGGUGCGGCAGUAUGUUAAGGAAGGUCGCCGUCCGAUCCUGCCUUCAAAAUUUGCCUCCGAUUUCGAUCUUCACUAUUCACAAUUUAGCUUAGAAAGUUUGCAUAGAGAGGAGAAAGUAGCGAAACUUGGAUCUAGAAACUUCUUUCUGUGUCCGAGAAAUACUACCCCUGCAGCGGAGGGUAUUUCUGGAACUAGAAAAGAUGGUGAAGUAACGACGUCGUUUGCUUCGUGUGCUAAAGAGGUUGAUAAAGUGCGCGAAAGUUUAGGUUGUGGUGGUGGUGGAGGUGGUUUUGGUUGGUUCAAGCUUAUGCAAUUCAUGUUGUGAAUUGUGAUUGGUUAGUUAUAUUGUUUGAUUAAAAUAAAUUAAGAUUUUUUUUUUUUUUGAAAUGAAUUGCCGGUUACAUGUAAAAAUAGGUCGGCAAGUAGGCAGUGUUUGAGAUUUGCGUGCAAAGCAAAAUUGUAAAGAUUGCAUGUGUGGUUUUCAACACAUAUACAAUAUAGUACAUGAUGAUAAUCUUAAAGGUGUUUUUAUUUGGUCUA